UUUUGUACUUUAGACAGAUGGUUGAUUAUUUAUUAUCUGUGUACUCAGUGAUUCUGUGAUCAGUGAAUCAGUCUAUUAUUUGAUAGUCUAUGUUUAUCUCCGUCACCGACUGUUGGAAUGUUUUUGUGAAGAAUUGGUAUUUUCAACAGUAAAGAAAUAAAAAAAAAUAUUAAAACAGAUUUGAUGUAAUCGUCAUGAAAUAUGAUUUAUUUAGUGAAUAAAGUUGUGUUGUGCAUCUUAGUGGUAGCUGCAACGGUGUCCUGCAGAAUACACAAACUGCAUCUUUCGGACGAUGAGCGUCGCUACGUGGAUCUCACGACCUUCGGGUUCUUCAAGGGCGGUAUACUCGACGUGAAGAUGGUGGAUUUCAUGAUGCCGUCGGGUCCUGUUUAUGGGGAGUAUGGGUUCACGCUAGACCGGACGAUAAACGCAGCAAUAAGUCCUUACUUGGCGCAGUCUAACUCCGCUACCUGUUAUCUCAAGGAGAGUGACACCAGCAUACUGUCGCCGCAGCAUCCUGCGAUCGUCUUCCUGAAGAUGGACUUCAAGAAUCUAAGGUUAAACGUGACAUGCAAAGCAAAAGUAUUACAUCUAUAUGAGAACAGAUCUUCGAUACCAGACACUAUACCAACCGAGGAAAAGUGUUCCUACACAAUGUUGCCGAUUACAAAGGAGACGAGGAACGGUUUCGACUACUAUAAUACUAGCUUUGCGUUGUACGUGGCUACUGAGAAAGAAGAAGGUCUUUACAAUCUGUACUUCAACAAUUGCCCGAACUCCGACGCUGGUACGGCGACCGCAGUCAACAUGAUUGUGGAAAUCUACGAGAGUAAUGCUGGUAACUUCUUGUCGGCGGGAGAGAUGCCACUCCCUGCGUUAUACAGCAUGAUGUCACUUAUCUUCCUAACAUGUGCCGCCCUCUGGACUUUCAUCCUGCGAACUAGUCGACAGCCUGUCUACAGGAUACACAUUAUUAUGUGUGUCCUUGUCUAUUUGAAGGCUCUCUCUCUUGCUUUCCACGGCAUUAACUACCAUUUCAUUCAGACGAAAGGGGAACAUGUUACUGCUUGGGCGAUCCUCUUCUAUAUCACGCAUUUAUUGAAAGGAGCGGUGUUGUUCGUGACUAUUGUACUAGUGGGCACCGGGUGGAACUUCAUCAAACACAUACUUUCUGACCGAGACAAGAAGCUCUUCAUGAUUGUGAUACCUCUGCAGGUUCUAGCGAACGUAGCAGAGAUAAUCCUGGCGGAGAGCGAGGAGGGUGCCGCGGAACAUAACGCGUGGCGCGACAUCUUCGUACUGGUGGAAUUGCUGUGCUGCUGGGCCAUCAUGUUCCCUGUCGUAUGGUCAAUACGUCACCUACAGGACGCGUCGAGUACAGACGGCAAGGCGGCCAUCAACCUGCGCAAGCUGAAACUGUUCCGACAUUUCUACGUCAUGGUCGUCUGUUACAUAUACUUUACGAGGAUCGUCAUAUCCAUACUGAAUAUCACAGUGCCAUUCCAAUACGCGUGGAUAGACGAAAUGUUCCGGGAGAUGGCGACACUAGCGUUCUUCGUGAUGACUGGCUACAAGUUCAGGCCGGCCGCUGCCAAUCCUUACUUCACGCCAACACAUGUCGAUGAUGUGGAGCCACAAGUUCUCUCAGAUAUCGGCGUACUCGAAGGAGUGACGCGAAUAGCGAACCGAGGGGAUAGGAAACGGGAAGAUCUACAACCGUUAAUGCUGGAAACUAAUUAUAAUUCUGAUUAGAUGUAAGUCUACUUUUAUAUAACUAACUCUAAGUGACGGCUUGCCUGAAGUUCGAGUAAACGUUUAUAAAAAGACCUCGAAAUCAUUUGUUACUUAUAUCAUGGUUCUAUAGGAUACUCCGUUUUACUUAUCCCUAUGGCACCAGUACUGUAAUAUCGAAUAUACCAAUACACUUAAUCUUCUAUUUUUAUCUUAUUUAGUAGCUAACUUACCUCUGUCCUUAUGUGAACUUAAUAUUUUUAAAGCGUUGAAAAACGAGAAGUCAGAUAAUUUCAUCUCAUAUUGAGUGGUUUAAUUAGAAUUGUUUAUACUUAAAUACAUAUUAUAUUGUCGAGUGUUAGGUAUACCGUGUCUACUUGAACGAAUAUCACUGAUACGACGUUUUUAAAAUGUCAACUUGUUAUAUACAAGGAUGAUUUGUCCUUUGCAUUGUACUUGUAAUUAUGUCCGAUGCUGACCAUCUGUUGAAUACCUCACUUCGUAUUAAUUACCUUUAAAUAUCAUGACAACUUAAUUCAAGUAGAAUUGCGUUACUGUGUGUUCGGAAAUAUAAGCCGAAAUGCCUUUUUUUAAGUCAUUUCAAAAGAAACUGCAACAUAUUUUUGUUUAUUUAUUAGUUACAUACAUUCUGUUGGCGUCUCAAAUAUAGAGCCAUGAAUAUCUCACAGAUUUUCAGAGCUGAAACUAAAUAGGACUAAAUUAUGUUAAGAAUAAAGUACUAAACAAACGAAGAAAAUCUAAAAGAUUAAUACAACAACACAUUGUGUAAAUACGACUGGAUUUCAUAGUAUACUACAGAUAUAUAACAUAUUAUACUAAAUAGUAUUUGCUAGAGUUAAUGAUACUUAAAUUCCUGAGUGUUAAACUCAAAGUUAUACUUAAAUGUAAUAAAAAUUAAAUAUAAACCAUGUCCACUAAGCAUACUUAUAUCAAUACAUACUUUAAUACACAAUGGUGAUACUUACAUGUUCCUUGUUGAUAGUACACUACUAAUUAUUUUCACAUUCAAUCCUCGAUUUCAUUUCGGAAGGUAUUUUAGGUAUUAGAAAUUUACUAGAGUUGUAGUGAUGUUAAAUAAUUUUAAAAUAAAGCAUUUUUAAUGGAGCAAACUCGCUGCAACCUCCCAUACCGCUGCAACUCCUGAAUGUCAGGAUCUGCAGUAGAUACAACCAUGAAAGCAUCAGAAUACUUGAACACACAAUCAAUUACUGUCUUGAAUCCCGCAACGAAAUAAAUUAGAAGAUAUUAUUGGAAGAGAAGAAAAAGAAAACGAUAGUUUCCACUUCCCUCGGUGAAUUUAAAGCCUAAAGGCCUAAAGGCUUAAGCCGUUCUGUCUCCUGCUCUCCUCCUACGGUACAAAAAGAGACUGCACAACUGGGAGAAGCCCAGUCGCCAAGCACUAUAGAAAUUUGACUUAAAACUACAAAAAAUGCUUGUAUAAUGCUGUACGUGAACUUAGUCGUGUGGACAUUUGAAGCAGUAUUUUAAUACGUUUUUAACACAAGUCUGAAUACCCUUCCUAAACUAAAUCGAGUGUAAUACAUUGUGAGUAUAAAUUGAACUCUGGCUUAGGUAAAGCUUACAUUAGGAGGACUGUCAUCUCAAACAGCAAAAAAAUAAUGCUGUUUACAGUUUUCGUGUGCUUUAAAGUUUUGUGAUCUUUUGACUAUCUGACGCUGUCAAGAUAUUAUACCACCAAAUCACCAAAAUACCAUUUGAAUAAGGGGAUCUUUAACUUCCUCAGCGCCAUCUAUUGAGCACAAUAAUAAUAGAGUUCAUGUUAUACUCGAUAAUGUUGUCUGUACCAUUAGUACGAGUUUGCUUGAUGUUUAAAGUAAUCGAAACGACAGCGCCAUAGGCGCUCUGAUUGGUCGGCUCGAGUAAACCAACCAAUCACAGCGCUGAAUGCGGUCUCGUUUCGGUCAAACUCAUAAUAAGGGUACUGAUCUACCGUCAGUUGUACCUUCGAUAAGGAAAACCUAAUGCUAGUCCUUUUCUGAUGGCAUUUCUGUACAUUAACACGUGCAGUCAACUGCAGAAAAAUAAGACUUUCAAUGUAACUAAUUUAAUUUUAAGAUAAACGAACUCUUUUUUUGUAUGUAUUUUAACAUAAGGCGGUAACUUUUUUAUUGAGUACAUUGUUAAGCUGUAUAAAAGCAUGUGUUAAAAAUUAAUUACCUAAAUAUGAUGGAUUCGAAUCACUAUGCAUUUCUUUGAUUGGAACACCAAAUGUUAUCAAGUACAGAAUUUUUAAUUUUUUUCAUUUAGGACUUAACAACUGCCGAGAAACGGGUAUAAGUGCUUAUUUUCUUGUCCUCUUUGGGAAAUAAAAUCGUGAUGAUAUUAUGUAUAUUGUAUAUAGAGCAUAGAGGAGGACAAGUUCACUAUUACACAUUGAUUUAUUUUACGCGCAAAUUAAAAAAGAAUGUCCUACUUUUGCGCAGUAGGUACUUAAGUGUUUUCGAAGAAUGAGAUGUUAUUCUGUUAUCUACCGAUAUGAAAUUACAACUAUCUCUUAAUCUCUUUUUACUUCGUCUUUAUAGAUUAGAUGAAUUUAUUUCGAUACUGACCGAGCGAUGCUAACAGCGAAAUAUUCUGGUUUGUUUUUCUUUUAAAUUAAAACCAUAGAUAUAGGCUGUCAUCUUGACAGCUAAUGUCAUCCCAUUGAAUUGACCUAUGUUUUUCCCAAUAUAAAAUUUCUAUAUUAAAUCUUUGAUAAUAAAUCAUUGCAAAGAAUAUUUAAUUAAUUUCUUGGCUUACAGACUCGUAAAAUCGUAUUUCAAGUAAAAAUAUUUCCGAUAUAAGUUUUUGAACUGACAUGGUCACUAAAAUUCAUAUUAGAACUUAAGACGGGAUAUUUACCAUGUUUAUUUGUGUCUAUGUUAUAAUUAAAGUAUAUUCAUAGUUACAAAUAAACAUGGUAAAUAUCCCGUCUUAAGUUCUUAUUAGUAACAUAUUUCCUAUUCCCAAUUUCAUCAUUUCAAAGUACAUUUAGUAGAACUACGUUAUGAUAAAUAUACUUUUUUAAAGUAUUCAAGUAGAAUAUAAAAAGUAGAUAGACAAUGUAAUAAUAAUAUCGGUCCCAAGUCCCAAACAUUUUCAUUUCAGCAUCGAAAUAUAUUUAAAGGGACAUUCUGAAAAUAUGGUCAAUUUAAAGAAAAGGUUUUGUAAUAGUCUUAAUUUUUUAUUGCAGAAAGUUCUCAAAGUUGUUUUGAUGCUGAGUGAAACAAGAAUGUUUAAUGUAAAAAAAAAAACAGUCAUUAUACGUUAAGGCUACAGGAAUGUCCCAUUGUUAUUAUCGGCUAGAUGAAAUGGCAUAUCACAUACCGUAAAACGGGGUGAAUAGAUACAGAAGAGGACUGAAUAAAUGUUGGGAAAAUGUUCUAACAUCAAUUCACCCCAGUGUCUAUUCACCCUUUGAAUUCUAUUCACUCCGUUUUACCAUUAUGUCAUUUUCCAAUUUUAUAUAAAACAUAGUGAUAUCUAUUAAAUUAUUUAUAAUAUUGAUACAUUUAUAAGGGAUAAAUCUAUUCUUCGUUAACCAAUACAUGUUUUAAUUAAAGAACCCUCGAUUAAAUGUGAUGUGAUUAUAUGACCAUGCA